AUGGGUCGGCAACACAAUGGUUCGAGAGCCCUUGGGCUUUUGACCCUCCUGGCGGCCUCCGCAACUGCAACUCCCCUCGUCAAGCCUGCGAAGGUGGUGCAGACAGUCGACAACACUCUAAAAGGAGUAACCGCAAAUGUCAAGAACCUUUUUCUCUCGGGAACAACUCCGAACAAUACCUCAUCACGAUGCAAAGUAUACCCUGGCGACCGGAAUUGGCCAUCCGAUGCAGCUUGGGCGAGCUUGAACAAACUGGUGGACAACCGACUUCUGAACCGACCAGACCCCCUAGCAGCAGUCUGUUACAAUGGACCGCUUUACAACGCCGAGGAAUGUGUCAAGGUAACGGCUCACUGGAACGAGUCCUACUCACACUUUGACAACGCAGUGGAGAUGAUGAGUCCAGUAGCCCAGGGCAUGACCUGUCUUCCCCCUAACAUCUUCGACUCGCAUAAUUGCACAAGAGGCGGGUUUCCAAUGUAUGUUAUCAACGCCACAAAGCCGGAGCACAUCCAGCACGGAGUCAACUUCGCACGCAACACUGGGGUCAGACUGGUCGUUAAAAACACAGGGCACGACUUCCUUGGUAAAUCUGGUGGUAAAGACGCACUGAGUGUCUGGACCCAUUACUUCAAGGACAUCGAGUACUUCGAAAACUACGAGGACAAGGAAGGUAACUACUCGGGUCCAGCUUUCAAAGCCGGAGUCGGAGUGCAAGCUUUUGAGAUCUACAAGGCUGCUCAUGAGAAAGGCCACUCAGUUGUUGGCGGCGAGGGCGAGACUGUGGGUAUCUUUGGAGGCUACAUACAGGGCGGUGGUCACUCUCCGCUUACUUCGCUUUACGGCACUGGUGCAGACCAAGUGCUUGCUUUUGAGGUUGUCACCGCCGAUGGCGACUACGUUAUAGCGAAUUCUACCUCCAAUACUGACCUCUUCUGGGCAAUGCGCGGUGGGGGCGGUUCGACGUUCGGCGUUGCAACCUCAGUAACGGUUAAAGCCCAUCCCGACUUACCCACCACGGCAUCGCGUUUCUCAUUCACAUCCGAAAAGAUGGGCAACGAGACAUUCUGGGCGGCGAUCCGCGAUUACGUCGAAUACUUCGUUCCCAACGCCGAUGCCGGCACUUACGCGUACUGGACACUCAUCCCUAACGUCUUUACCGGAAUCUUCAGUUUCGGCAUGUCUCCUUUCUUCGCACCGAACAAAACGCUCGAGGAGACGAAAGCCUUGCUUCAACCCUGGUUGGCCCGCUUGGAGGAGCUCGGCGUCAACGUCGAUCCUAACAUCACUCAUUUCCCGUCGUACUACGAAGCCUGGCAGAGCUCUUUUCCGCUCGAGGCCGUCGGCAAGAUCAACGCAACCACUGGCUCUCGCCUCUUCCCUCGCGCCAACUUCGAGACCAAAGAGAAGCGCGACGAGCUAUUCCAAAACCUCCGCCAGUCCAGUGAGAACAACCGCGUACAAGUACACUUCAACAUCAAGGCCGUCGACCCAGCUAAUUCCGACAACGCUGUUAACUCAGCGUGGCGAGAGAAUAUACUCUUUUCUCAGCAAGCUGUACGAUGGAAUCCCAACGGAACCGCGGCAGAGACCCUGAAAGCUCGGCAAGACUUCCAGAGCGGCGAUAUGCAGCGCUGGAGGGACAUCAGCCCCGGUGCUGGAUCGUACCUCGCUGAAGCGGAUCGUCUAGAACCGGAUUUUGGGCAGGCAUUCUGGGGUGACAAAUACCCGCGUCUGCUUGAGUUGAAGGCGAAGCUGGACCCCUAUGAUGUCUUCUUUGCCCAUACGACUGUGGGUAGCGAGAGGUGGAAGGUUGAAAGCGUUGAUGGGCUGCCCAAUGAGAAUGGCAAGCUUUGUCGCGUUGAGAACUAG